UUUCAGACUUGGUACCAAUUUCAUUCUUCUUCGUCUCCUUAACCAAUGUCUUCGCAUAGCCGAUCAUCCAGUGAUUCGAGUUUUGAAUUUGUGAAGGAAGAUGGCGAAUCUCAAGUGGCAAAGAUGGCAUUGAAAAUGGAACAGAGGUCGAAGGAAGUUCAAGAUGCUUUAGAUAUCCUUAGCAUCAAUGGAGAUGUUUCUUCUGACGAAGAAGCAGUAUCUGUAAAAGAAGAAUCUUCUGAUGAAGCGGGAGUUAACACUUCCCAAGAAGUUAUUCAGAAUGAUGAUACUGAAGAAUCUGAAAAAUCGGAAACUAUAUCUCGUGAAGUGUCCAACACCGAUGAAUUCGGGAUUGGAAACAAUGUGGGAUUUACUGCAAAAGUUGAUGAUCUUAUUGAAAAAAUCGCUGAAGCCGUUAAGGAUCAACAAAUAUCAGAGACCACUGAAAUUCGUUACAGUGAUCCACUUGGGGCAUUGGAACCUCUCGUGGGUGAACCCAACGAAAUUGAAAAAUCAGAACUUUUGUCUGAAAUUCGCCAAUUACGAUCUGAAAUCGAAGAGAUGAAAGAAACGGAAGUGAAACAAAAUUCAACGAUAAGACUUCUCAAACUGAAGUUCGACGAGAUUGACGAAAGGGAGAGACAGAAGGAAUUACAGCGUUACACUCCGAUUGCAACUGGAAUCUGCGGUGCUUGGCGGCUCUCCGAGAUCAAUAAGUAUAAUGAAACACUCAAAACCCGUGGAGUAUCGUUCCCAAAUCGUCUGAAAACUCUUGCUGCUUACACCGUAUACAACUUCGAUGGUACUUAUCUGAAAUCUCACAAUCAAGUUUUUUGUAAAACGUUUAACAGUGGCUGUUUGAAACUUGGAACUCAUGAGAUAACCGGUGGAAUUGUUGUAUCAACCUUCAUUUAUAGAAAUAAAAUGAUAACAAUUUGGAAGAAUAAAGAUGGAACUUCUUGUGUAAGAAAGGAGAGAUACAUUAAAGAUGGAAAAUUGUACAAUGUGCACACAAACAAUUCCGGCGAAAGGACUAUACGCAUUUUUGAACGAGUUCAGGGAAAAUCAGAUAUCUUGUACUCAAUUGCAAACGUCGGAGGACUCUAUCUCAAAUUUUGGUGAUCACCUGCUUUCUUCAAUCCACACAACUUGGUCUCGCAACGAAAUAUCAUCUUAAUGAUUCUCAAAUUCACAGCAUUAAUUAAUUCGCUAUUUUAUUCAAUAAUUUUUAAUUUUCUCCGUCCAUUUGUCUUUCAAAAUUUUUUAAAGCAAUUUUUAAUCAUUUUAAUCGUUCUCCGUGGGAAAUAAUGAAUCUUUUCGAAAUUC